ACGUGGUGUAUUUGAUAUGUAAGUUUUGAUACUUUGAAUGAAAUAGCAGAAAUAAAUAUCGUCUGUCUUUUACACUAUUAAUUUAUCACAAUAUGUUCUUGAAUUAAAUUAUUAAUUUAAAUGAGUGUUAAGUGCUGAAAAAAAUAAAUAUUCACAUUUGUGGCUUUUAAUCAUAAAUAAGAGACAAAUCAAUAAAUAUAGUACAUAUACAUAUUAGUGAAAAUAUCUAAAAAUAUUUCAUCAUCAUUGUGAAAAUUUUUAAAUAAUAUACAUUAACUAAAUAUCCAGAUAUUUUAUUGAGUAAACAACGAUAAACAAUGUUUACUUUCAAAACAAGAACCUAUACAUUUCUGCCGCAUACACGUUAAUGUCCUUGACUCGACAUGUAAUUUAUUAUUGUUAUUAGCACCAUUGCAUAAUUAGUGAAAACGGAAAUAUAUCAUCUUAGAAUUUGACAUUCCCUUGAAAAAGUGAAGUAGUGAUGAUAUGGAAACUUUCUAUUGUAUUUUAAAGUCAUUGCGAUUAAAACUAAUCGGCAUUUUCCUUUGAGGUUAUGUUGAAAGUUAACUGCUGCAGUUAAUUUUUGUCUUAAAAAUUAUUAAAAAUACAUUAAAAAUGGAAAAGGACACUGUGGAAAUUGAUCUCGAUGAUCCGAGAUUUCGAAUAAAACCUUAUCAACAAAUGAUUGCUUCAUGUACUGGAGCUUUAAUAACAUCAAUGAUUGUAACUCCCUUAGAUGUAGUGAAAAUUCGAUUGCAAGCUCAACAGAAGGCAAUGCUGUCAAAUAAAUGUUUUCUCUAUUGUAAUGGAUUAAUGGAUCAUUUAUGUUCCUGUGGCAAUGGAAAAGGGCCUGAAUGGUUGAGAGCAAAUGGAAAAUUUAAUGGCACUUUUGAUGCUUUAUUUAAAAUUGGCAAAAAAGAAGGGAUUUUAUCCCUCUGGAGUGGUUUGAGUCCGACUUUAGUUUUGGCAAUUCCAGCUACAAUAAUGUAUUUUGUAUCUUAUGAGCAAUUAAGAAUAUCACUAAAGGAUUAUCAUAAUAGUAAAAUUAACAAAGAAAAACUUCAUCAAGAGCAACCGUUUUGGAUUCCAAUUGUGGCCGGUGGUACGGCACGAGUUUUUGCAGCAUCCUUAGUGAGUCCUGUUGAGCUUAUUAGAACGAAAAUGCAAUCUCAAAAAUUGAGUUACGCAGAAUUAAGACAAGCUUUGAAGACAGUUGUAAAAUACAGUGGAGUCUCUGGUUUAUGGAUGGGUCUCAGUUCAACGCUACUUCGUGACGUACCUUUUAGUGCAAUUUACUGGUUUAAUUAUGAAACAUUGAAAAAGACGUUUGUGAAUUUUCAACAUACAUUUACCUUUAAUUUGAUUGCCGGUGCAGUCGCUGGUUCUGUUGCUGCUUUAUCUACUAUUCCAUUUGACGUAGUGAAAACUCAUAGACAAAUAGAAAUGGGCGAGAAGGAAAUUUAUUCUGACAAACCUGUUCGAACGAGUAGCACAAUAUCGAUAAUAAGAAGAAUAUACGAUCAAAAUGGUGUACGCGGUCUUUAUACGGGACUUGCGCCUCGUUUAAUAAAAGUUGCGCCCGCUUGUGCAAUAAUGAUUGCUACUUUUGAACAAGGCAAACGCUUUUUUCAGGAACGAAACGCUAAUGAAAUGUUAGGAUUAGAAUCAAAUGUCCGUUUUUUUAGGCACAAUAAUACGUAAGAGAGCUUUAUAUUAUAGGAAAAUUUCGUGUCGGUCAAGUGCACUUUAUUUUAUUUUUGUAAAUACUGUUGUUAAAUAUUCUAAUAAAAAGUUUUUUCAAUAUCUUA